GGCAGAUCCACAUUCGUGAAAUACAACUCGUGCUGCUCGGUCCCGUUGCUGUUGUGUCGCCGCUCUUGCUGAGAUCUGAGUUCUGGACUCCACCUCCUUGUUCCCCCCCGGUGUGUGUUUGCAUUUUUUUUUGCCGUUGUACACUUUUGUUUUCGCUGUCACCCCUUGCCACAUACCCGGCACUUGUGUUAAACUCGCUCGCCAACCCUCCCCCCGGCUCCGACUCUGAUCCGUGCCGCGCCGCGCCGUUUUGGGGAUUCAUUGAACCUCGCUCUCGCGAUCCCGCAUCCCAGCAUCCGAGCGUCCCGUCUUCACCGCAUCCAGCAUGUCGGACGGCAUUGAGGUCGAGCAAAUUGUGGAGAGCAAGCCGCGCAGGAUGCCGCUGGCCACGUCGCUGGACAAGGACUCGAUACGCGAGGCCUACGAGGAUGUACGCUCUGAUCUCACAGACACCGAGUGGGCGGUGUUCAAGUUUGAUGGGCCCCAGAUCGUUGUCCAUGAUCGGGGACAGUGCUUUGAGCAGUUCCGUCAGCUGUUUGGCGAUGCGGAACGUGCCUUUGGCUAUAUCCGCAUACAGAUGGGUGAUGAGAUGUCCAAGCGCAAGAAGUUCAUCUUUCUGACGUGGAUCGGACAGGAAGUGGGCGUCAUUCAGCGGGCCAAGAUGUCCACGGACAAGGCGCUUAUCAAGGAUGUGCUUAAUAACUUUGCUGUGGAGCUGCAGGCUGGCGUUGAGGCGGAACUGGAUAUUGAACUCUUCCGGGAGGCAUUGAAUCGUGCCGGCGGUGCCAACUAUGGCACGGGAAUCCGGGAUAACUAACUUGCUAACGUCCUCCCACUUAAUGGCCUCCAGUUACUUUUAUAUUAUAAACUUUUUUUUUGCAUCUCUCAACCGCUUACCAAAACCAGCUCCUUUCUUAUUAAUUAUUAUGAAUUAAUUUUAUGAAAUCUUAAAAAGUGUACAUUUAUGUAAAAUUAUACAAGCGAUUGUAACAUCAA